AUGGGGUGGCAUCCGCUCUUAAUCGCCCUCGCAGCGUGCGCGCACGCGAAGUGGCACGUCAUCCACGGCAGCCACACCAGCCACAACGAGCGCCGCGGGCCCGGAAACAACCGGUACCUCACCUACAACGAGACCGAGGGCCUCAACAACCAGCGCAUCGCGCUGGAGAACGCGCGCCUCAUGGCCAUCCUGCUGAACCGGACCCUCGUCGUCCCGGACACGAUCCCACCCCACGACGCCGGCGACCCCUUCCCGACGAAGACCUGCCGCGUCUUCACCUGCGACUCGCUGCGCGUGCCGUGGGUGUCGCAGCGCUACUUCGAGGACCACCGGAAGCGGUGGCCCACGCGGAUCCGCGACGACGCGGCGCGAUGCGGCGACGUGGCCACCUGCGAAGACUUCCUGCUCGAUCCGCCGAAAAACGUGGUCGUCGAGGUCCCCGUUGACAAGACCAUGUACCACAUGAGCCUGAGUUCUCCGAAGCGGUGGGUCCUCUCGAAGAUGAAGGACGACCGAGAGCUCAACCCCAACGUGCUGACCGUCAACAGCCGCCUGAUCACCCGGGCGAAGAUGAUCGUGGACAAGCUCGGCGCGGCCUACGACGCGGCGCAUCUCCGGACGGGCGACUACUUCGACGCCUUGUAUACCGACGAAGUCCCGCCGUCUGAGCGGAAGGCGCUUCCGCCGCCGCCGGAGCCCAAGCUGGCCCCGUCACGCCGCGAGUCGCUCGACGGCCCGCUCUACGCCGACGAGCUCGCCGCGUACAACGCCGCUCGGCGACAGGAGCACGGCGGCGGCCAGGGCCACGGCGGCGGCCACGGCCGGCGCCGGGGCCAGAAACGCGGCGGCGGCGACGGCAAGCCCACGAUGGUCCGGGAGUCGUACCAGAUCCGCGCGAACAGCCUCGGCGCGGGGCAGGGCGAGCGGCGCGCGUCCUGGUCGUCGCCUUUAAACUCGGGCGCCUACUCGUGUAUCGAGGGUCCUGAGCCACGCCUUGGCAACGGUGGCGCCUAA